AUGCAGGACACCAGUGAUCUGGAUGAUGAUGAUGGACAGGGCCUUUCUCUGAAUGCACAAUCCCGGGUAAGCCUCAUGCAGAAGCUCGAUUGCAGUGGAACUGCAUCAAGCCUUACUGCAGUGCCAACUCCAUUGGUGGCUCCUCUUGUACAAGGGGGCUUUCCUGCUGUUGGCGGUAUUUUUGCUGGUGUAAAUAUUCCAGCUGUGGUCGACCCUGUUGGUGUCCCCAGCGAAUGUCUACUGCUUAAAAACAUGUUUGAUCCAUCCACAGAGACUGAACCUGAGUUUGACGAGGACAUAAAAGAAGAUGUUAAAGACAAAUUCUCCCAAUUUGGAGAACUGAAUCGUAUCUUUGUUGACGAGAACAGCAUAGGUUUUGUCUACUUGCGAUUUGAAAAUGCGCAAGCAGCAAUGGGAGCGCAACGUGCUCUCCAUGGUAGAUGGUUUGCUGGAAAGAUGAUUACAGCGACUUACAUGACUAAGGAGAGCUACGAAGCCAAAUUCCCAGAGAGCAAGUAG